AUGAGGCCAGAAGACACAAACUUCUUCCGAGAAAACGAAACGGGCGAAGCUAAUCAACAAUACAUCCCGUGCAUUGUGCUCGCAGAGAAAGCGACCAACCCGGACGCCAAUCCUGGAACACAAAUGUCUCUUAGAUCAAGGCCAUCGCAGUUUGAACAUUUUUACGUCUCUUUCCCGCAUGACAAAAUCAUUCAGGUCACUUUGAAUAGACCAGAGAAACUGAACAGUAUCAACAAAGCCACGAGCCGUGAAAUUCAACAGAUAUGGGGGCUUUUCGACCAAGAUGAAAGUCUAUGGGUCGGAAUCAUCACUGGCGCGGGGAGAGCUUUCUGUACUGGAGCAGAUUUACAAGAAUGGAACGAGAUGAACAAAACGGGUGUGGUCAACGACAUGUCUGCUCCCGGUCUCGCUGGGCUGCCCCGUCGAGCUGGUAAAAAGCCGAUCAUUGCUGCGGUGAACGGUAUUUGCAUGGGAGGCGGCUUCGAGAUGGUGGCCAACUGCGACCUCGUCAUAGCUUGCUCCUCGGCAAUUUUCUCCCUACCGGAAGUGAAGCGAGGUAUCGUCCCCGUGGCAGGCUGUCUACCACGGCUGACACGUACACUGGGACUGCAACGUACCACCGACCUUGUUCUGACUGGCAGAAACGUGAGGGCCAAGGAGCUUCAUGACUGGGGUCUAGUUAGUCGGGUGGUGGAAUCUGCCGCUGAAGUUGUUCCCGUGGCAAUUCAAGUCGCCCAGGACAUGUGCAGGAACAGUCCGGAUGCGUUGAUUGUUGGCCGGCUGGGUAUUCGGCAGAGCUGGGAAGCGGGUAGCGUGGAGGAGGCCGUGUCGAUUCUUGCUGAUCGAUGGUACCCUCGCCUGAUGGCUGGACCCAACUUCUCGGAGGGGAUUCAGGCAUUUGUGGAGAAACGGUCGCCAAACUGGAUAGAUUCGAAGUUGUGA